AUGGCAAAGGGCGGAGGUAAAGGUGCUUCGGCAAAGGCAGCUAAAUCUGCUCACGAAGCCGAAGUGAACACGAAGAAAAAAGAAGCAGCAGAAGCAGCAGAAGCGGAGAAAUGGAGUGAUGGCGCUAAAGGAAAGGCCGGUAAAGAGGAGAAGGCCGCGAAGGCUGCUGCAGCCAAGGCUGCCAAAGCUGAAAGAGACCGUAUUGCUGAGGAAGAAGCAGCAAGCAUCGCUCGAAGCGCUCCAAAGCCAAAGGCUGCUCCAUCCAAGUCUUCUAAACCAAAAGCUACUUCACCUAAAUCAACUGCGUCGAUCCCAAGCGAGGUUCCAGAGUACGAAGCGCGCGGUAUUGACAAUAUCUUGGCCUUGUCAGAAGUAGUCCUCGAAAGAAACGACAAGGCAAGUUUAGGCGCAAAAGCUGCUAUAAGUGUCGAUGCGCAUCCCGAAAGAAGAUUCAAAGCGGCUUUUGAGGCUUACAAAGAGACAGAAUUGCCCAUCGCUAGAAAGGAGCAUCCGGGAUUGAGACUUCAGCAAUACCAUGAUUUGCUCUACAAGCAAUUUCAAAAGCACCCUGAUAAUCCUUUCAAUCAGACUGUGGUUUCUUACGAUGCCACCAAGGAGGACAAAGUUGCGGCUUUGAAGUCUAAACGUAAAGAGGUCGAAGAAGGCUUUGCGAAGAAUUGA